ACUCGCCGCCUUCAUGCAUAUGUUGAUCAAUUCUGUUCGUCUCGCUGUACUACACCGCCGGAGAGAGCGACGCGAACGGAUAAUCCAAAAAUCCCCUGUUCCCCCACCAAGCCACCACCAUGAAGCAUGCGGCAUCGUAGCGGGGACGUUCUCGCCUCCUCCGUGGUUUGCUCCGUGAGUCACUCGCCAGGCCGUGCGCCCUGAAAAUGCCCCCUACAAAAAAGCCCACCAAAGCGAGGGCGAAGGAGGAAGGCCUGGACUGGGAGACUAGGAAUGCACGUGUGCUGGCGCUGCGCAAGGAGAAGUCAAGGGAUGCCGCAAGAAACCGACGGGGAAAGGAGAACUACGAGUUUUACGAGCUGGCCAAGAUGCUGCCGUUGCCGGCGGCGAUCACCAGCCAGCUGGACAAGGCCUCCAUCAUCCGACUCACCAUCAGUUACCUGAAGAUGAGGGACUUCUCCGGGCAGGGCGAUCCCCCCUGGAACACCAUCAUGGACUGUCCCCCUCCCAACAAAUCUGUUAAAGGUGGGAUUUCCAGAAGAAGUCCAUCAGCAGUGGCCAUCGAGGUGUUCCAGCAACAUCUGGGCAGUCACCUUCUUCAGGCUCUGGACGGCUUUGUCUUUGCCCUGACCCGAGAUGGCAGAUUCCUCUACAUCUCUGAGACUGUGUCUAUUUAUCUGGGGCUCUCUCAGGUUGAGAUGACAGGCAGCAGUGUGUUUGACUACGUCCAUCCCGGGGACCAUGCAGAACUCGCGGAGCAGCUUGGGAUCAAGAUCUCUCCCCAAGGCCAGCAGGGGCAAGGUGCAACGUCCGAGGGGGAGGGCAGCGCAUCAACAACACCCUCCUCCCUACCCAUACCAGAACAUAUAGAAACAGAUGUCAUAGGCCAAACCAUCACCCCUGACUACAGGUGGGACAAGUCUUGUUUCAUCAGGAUGAAAUCCACCCUGACCAAGAGAGGGGUACACGUCAAGUCUUCUGGCUACAAGGUUAUACAUGUCACAGGGCGGUUGCGGCCGCGGCUCAGCCUGUCGCACAGCCAGCGGAACCCCAUCACGAUCCUGGGACUGGUGGCCGUGGCGCACGCCCUCCCCCCACCCACCAUCAACGAAAUCAGGAUGGAACAGAACAUGUUCGUCAGCAGGGUCACCAUGGAUCUCAAAAUCAUCUACUGCGAGCCCAGAAUCACAGACUACAUGGAUCUGGCACCGUCUGACGUUGUGAGUAAGAGCUGCUAUGACUUCCUUCAUGCUGAGGACGUGGAACCAUUCCGAAGGACACACUAUGACUUGAUAAACAAGGGCCAGGUGGUGUCCAGUUACUACCGGUGGAUUCUGAAGAAUGGCGGAUACAUCUGGGUGCAGACGUGCGCCACCGUCACCUUCAACACCAAAAACAACAACGAGAAGAGCGUCAUCUUCAUCAACUACGUCCUCAGUCUGCCCGAGUACAAGGACAUUCCCAUGGACAUCAGCCAGGUCCCCGACCUUCCCCAGGACCCGCCCGACACUUCUGACUCCUCCGACACCUCCGACAGCGAAUCAGACUCCAACCAUGACACAGAGCAAGAAGACUCCAGGUCGGACAGUGACAAGGAAAGUGAGAGUGGAAACAGUGAAACGAGCGAGCCCGAGAACAAAAAGAAGAGGCGGUCCGAAGCCAACCAGUCUGAUAGCAAACAAGGUGCCAACCAGAGGCCAAACAAGAGACGGCGGAGUGUAGACCAGCAACAAAAAGGUGGACAAGAACCGGCCUACGGGCCACCAUGAGAGAGACGCUUCGGAAAACAAUAGUGAAACAAAAUCAGAUGCCAAAUUAGACGUAGCGGAUGCAUAUUCCUUUCGCACAGAGGACAGUGAAGAAAAUGGUGCUACGGACCCUGCAGACGUGUUGAGCGUGUCCUCGGUACACACGGUUGAUACUGAUGAGGAUGCACGUGAGCACACGGACAAAGCUUCCCUUUCUUCCUCCACGGACAAGAAACACAGGAAGGCUGCAAAGAAGGCGAGGAGGAGAUCCCGUCCAUCCGUGGACUCGGAAACCGAGCAGUCAGUUCAGUGGGUCUCCUCUGCAUCCAGUGCAAAUGACUCGAUAACUAAAGGUGCUGAGAAAAGUAGACAAACGUUGCUGGAGAGAGCUCCUCCAGCAUUCCUCUCCUCCCCUGAGAAUGACUCGGGCCUGAGAAUCAAAUCGGAGCCCAGGGAAGGAAGUUUAGAUA